GCACCCUUCUGUGAUUGGAGGUGGAUCCACAUCGGUGACUCGGCUCGCCUCGCAUCACGUACACGAAAAUUCAGAAGAUUCCACCUGUCUCGAAGCUAAUGGAUCUUCGCUCAUCACCUUCUUACACAAUAUACGUCGAAAAGCCGAAAGGCGCGUGUUAUGCUCAGUGAAUUUGGCCAGUGGUCUCCCACGCCUGUUCGAUGUUGGAAUUGCUUUAACCGGAGCGGACAAGGAAAACAACUGUCACAUUGCUGAAUGAUUUUAGCCGCAGUGCCGCAGUUGAUCAUCCAACCCGAGGGAAGAAUGUCACGACACCAACAGCAGACGUCGUUCAAAGCCACGGACAGCGUGGUGGAGGUCAAAAGUAAAUUUGAUGCAGAAUACCGUCGCUUUGCUUUUAAGAGGAACUGCCCGGGUGGCUUCCAAGAGUUCUAUAGCCUCCUGCAGACGCUCCAUCACAUCCCAGAAGUAGACAUGCUACUGGGAUACGCAGAUGACCAUGGAGACCUUCUUCCAAUCAACAAUGAUGAUAACUUUCACAAAGCUGUUUCAUCAGCAAAUCCCUUGCUCCGCAUUAUCAUCACAAAGAAAGAGGAUGAACCUGUAGUUUUUGCAACUAACUCCCUCCAGAGGCGGAAAAAAGGCCUGGGUUUGACAGGACUCCGUACCCCUGCCUCAUUGUCUACCCACUCAAAGAGCAAAAUGGGUCUCUUCAUUGGCCGACCGCAGAACUUCCGUCAAAUUUCAUCAAUUAUUGACGUGGAUAUCCUACCUGAGACACAUCGCCGUGUACGGCUCCAUAAGCACGGUACCCAUAAACCCCUGGGCUUCUACAUCCGAGAUGGCGCCAGUAUGCGAGUUACACCAUACGGUGUUGAAAAGGUUCCAGGAGUGUUCAUAUCCCGCCUUGUGCGUGGUGGUCUUGCAGAGAGCACCGGGCUCUUGGGCGUUAACGAUGAAAUUCUAGAAGUCAAUGGGAUUGAUGUUACAGGAAAAUCAUUAGACCAGGUGACAGACAUGAUGGUGGCCAACAGCCACAAUCUGAUAGUGACAGUGAAACCAGCAAACCAGAGGAACAAUGUCAUUCAUCGAGGGAGUAAAACAACAGGAAAUUCUGGUUCUUUUGGCUCAAAUGGAUCGACAGGCUCCGCUCUGUCUCAUGAUUCGACGAGUCCUGCCUCUCACAGCACACCUAUCACAGCAAGUAACAGCAUCGUAGAGGGUGACAGCGAUGAAGAAGAAGAUGAUGACGGUGACCUCAUUCUAGAAAAUGACUGUUUGACAUUAUACCAAUCACCUAACAACACGAACCUCACCAGUGAAAGAUUGCACAGCAGCCCUGUGGUUAGAACCCUUCCACAGAGCGUUUCUGUGCCUGUAUACAUGGCAUCAAAGCUGAGGUCUGGUCAAAACGGAUAUCCAGGUCACAGCAUUCAGCGGAGUAUGAGAGAGGGUGGCAACAUAUUAACACUGUGAACACAGCCAUGUGUUUUCCUGACUGUCAAAUAACAUGUUAAAGAAAAAAAAGUGGAAAAUCUUUAUGGGUGCCUGCGGUUGAUUCCCUGAUACCUAUUACAAUUUCCAAUGCAUUUAUAUAAUCAGCAGCAAUAUUGAUUUCUUCUCUUACCAUGGUGGACAGAUUGCAUUAUGAAUUUAUGUGACUUGACAUCACUCUUCGCAGCCGUUAUUGAUAUACAGUAUAUGGUUGUUAAGAGAUGUUUAUACUGCCAUACAGAAGUAUAGACUGCAUUAAAAAUAUGGAAACUGCAGUGAAGCAGGUAAAAUACAUAUACAGUGGAUCUAUUCACCGGGGAUUUGGGACAGAGCCGACCGCAAAUGGCAAACGGUCGGUUCCCGAAAACUGAAAUGAUCAGGAGCGUCAAAUUUAUUUUUGUCAUGGGCCAUUUCGUCAUUAGGGUUUCCUUCAGGGGGCCGUUUUAACUGUGAACACCAAUUGCCUCAUGUUUCAUUAAUACAGGAAGAUGAUGACUAACUAUAAUUUUGCAAUCAAGGUCCAUUUUUGUUCAAAUGUUAUUACAUUUAUUUUAAAAGAAGGAUUGGUUACAAAAAAAAUACUUGAGAUAUCCAAAUGCUUUUAAAAUUAGUUUGACGGGCCACAUAAAAUGAUGUGGUGGGCUGGAUCUGGCUUGAGUUUGACACCUGUGACCUGUAUUAAUACUUUAACCCACAAAGUAUGAUCCCCAUACAUUUUAAAGUGUACCUCCAAUGGCCCAUUUCUAGGUAUUGAUGGAGAAACUACGCAAUAUUGAAAAAUAUCCGGUAUGCCCAUCUUUGUGUCUAUUUGCCAAAACAGUACACCCACAAUUCCCCUGGUUAAUUUUAAAGCAAGGCACCAUUUUCGGAAUGGAUGUGACAACACGUUGUUGACUGGGUCUUCACUUCCUACUUGUUACUAUUGAAUGAUACGCCACAUCAUUGUUGUCAUAGAUAUUGUGAUAUAUCGUCUUUAGGAGAUAGACUCGUACCUCAAGUCUGCGAUUGCUGUUCAUUAACCAUUUAACUACUGAAUCCCGAAUCUAUUUGAAUGGAUUACUAAUUGUACGUUUGCUAAAAAAAAUUAAUUAAAAAAAAAAACAUGUUGUGGAGUUCCCAAAAAAUCUAACAUCCAAUUUUAUGAAAAGUGAUAUAUAAAUAAAGUUUGAUGGAUUGAUUGAUUUAUCA